CAAGAACUAUAUCAUUCGGGUCGGGUCUAUAUGGACCCUCCAAAACUCUCCUCUUCACUUGGAAGAAAAACCCUAGUUAAACCCUAAUAAACCGAACAUCCUUUCAUCUCCCCCUCUCUCAAAUACGAAAAAAAGCACAAGAUCAUUUUUAUCGGCACAUGUCAUGGGUUCGAAUCGUGCUGCAGGCAAGCGUAGUAUUUAAGUGGAGAAGGAUUGAGGGGAGGCUCAUUAUCCACUGAGUUUGGGAAUGUGUAUCACGGGUGCUCGGGUUUUCUUGCUCUGUAAUGAUGGCUGCUAAUAAUUUACCAAGAGAAGUGGACGCGGAGCAGAUUUUUGGCAUGGCUGAGAAGGAGAUGGAGUACAGGGUUGAAUUUUUUAACAAACUCACCCAUACGUGCUUCAACAAGUGUGUCGAGAAAAAGUACAAGGAGGGUGAGCUAUAUAUGGGUGAAAACACCUGCAUUGAUCGUUGUGUCUCGAAAUAUCAGCAGGUGACAAACAUCAUUGGUCAGAUGCUCGCUAAUGGAGAACGACCCAUGUGAAAUUCUUCUACACCUGAUCAUAUAAUUUUUGUUCAAAGAACAACAAUAUUAUCACAUUUUGCUGCCAGUCAGACCUCUUGCAUCAUAUGAGAAUCAACAUUCUGUUUCCCAUUUUUAAAAUUUUUAUUAACAUUAGACGAUCGGGUUAAGGGGGAAGGAGUACUAUGAGAAUUAUAUCGAAACUUGUGUCAAACUUGCCGCUGAUACCACUAGACGGUUUGGCCUGGUGAAGAAGGGAGUUGUGUAAAACUUUGAUCUUUCUUUUAAAACUUUUGGUGGUGUAUCAUUUCUUGGUUGAUAUAGAAUAACAGAUGGUUUUUGCCUCUUUUUGGAACAAUUUUCAUUACUACUUUUUCCCUUUAUAUACAAGUAAAUUUGCAA